GGAAACGCCUUUAGCUAGGUUGGGAGCCUCAACACAAAUGGGUUAGGAGAGAGUCCAUAGAUUUCAAGGCCUAUACUAGAUUGGGCCCAAUCAGGGCCCAAACCAUUGACAGAAACCGAGCAUGGCUGGCGUCCGUCGUCGGCACAGACGAGAACGAGAGCAGCGAGAUGCGGGGAGUCGGAGGCCCGUUGCUCACCAUCGGGGAUCUCCUCAGCGACCUCGCCGUCGACGGCGGCGACGACCCCCUCGCCGGAGGCGGAGAGGCGUCCCUCCCCUCCUCUCCCUUGGCGGCGCAGCAGGCGGAGGAAGCCGACCCUUCCGAUCUCAGCCGGCUCUUCGAGGAACACUACAACAGUUUGAUGAAGGCACUAGAAGAGAAUGACCCUUCAUGGCCAUCGCUGAUGCUGAAGCUGUGCGCGGCGUUGAAGACUGCAGAUAAGCUGGUGAGCUGCGCGAACACGAAUGCUGAACAGCUGCUGGAGAAGGUGAAGGCGCUGGAGGGCGUCCUUGAGAGGGGCGAUUGCGCGGUGGCAGAGAUUGUAGAAGGUCUCCAGAGGUCAGGCCUCGCCAAGGAUCACGGGAGUUCCCAAUCGAAAUCGGCUAGCAAGUAGUGAUGUAGUGGUGUGCUGCUGUUUGGUCGUGCAAAUCUGGACUCCUGUCACUGAUCCUGGGUAUUGAGAAUAGUUGUAACCGAUCUUUUCUUUUUCUUGAAUUCCUACAGAGAACACUCCGUGAUCUGCUUACGCUUGUGUUUAUCCUGUCACAGAGGAAGUGGGUAGAGGCAGGAUUUCUAAUACAUUUUGCAAGUUUCUUCUUCAUUCAUUUA